UGCUUAUUAAUUUCAGAACAUAUCUGAAUGACUUCUCUGUGGCAUAUGCUUCAGUAGAGGAGCAGACAGUUCCUGACCAGGGACAGAUUUCAAGUUCUUCUCUAUUGGUACCACUACCACCAGUAGAUUCCUCUUCAGAGUCAACGUUUAAGAUCUUCCCUGAGGACAGCUUGGUGUCUGAAAACCCACACAAGUGCCUCUGGUCAAUCAUUCUCUUCACAGCAUCACAGUCUCCUCUCCUGGCAAAGCAUCUGCUCUGCUGAACUUUGCUUAUGGAAACAACUUCUCCCUGAGAACUGGUUGAAAACAAUUCCCCAGGGGCUGUGCUUCCCAGCAUGGAGGUGAAGAGCUUUGCAGUUUGGGAUUAUGUCGUAUUUGCAGCCCUCUUUAUCAUUUCCUCUGGAAUUGGGGUGUUCUUUGCUAUUAAGGAGAGAAAAAAGGCAACUUCAAGGGAGUUCCUGGUUGGGGGAAGGCAAAUGAGCUUCGGCCCCGUAGCGCUGUCUCUGACAGCCAGCUUCAUGUCAGCGGUCACCGUGCUGGGGACCCCUGCUGAGGUCUACCGCUUUGGGGCAUCCUUCUUCCUCUUCUUCAUUUCAUAUACAUUUGUCAUCACCUUCACUUCGGAGCUCUUUCUCCCCGUCUUCUACAGAUCUGGCAUCACCAGCACUUAUGAGUACUUAGAACUGCGGUUCAACAAACCAGUUCGCUAUGCAGCAACUAUCAUCUACAUUGUGCAGACGAUUCUCUACACGGGAGUAGUGGUCUAUGCUCCUGCUCUGGCGCUCAACCAAGUGACUGGGUUUGAUCUCUGGGGCUCUGUGUUUGCAACAGGAAUUGUUUGCACAUUCUACUGUACGCUGGGAGGAUUAAAAGCAGUGGUGUGGACGGAUGCAUUUCAGAUGGUUGUCAUGAUUGUGGGAUUCUUAACGGUUCUCAUUCAAGGAUCAGCUCAUGUUGGUGGAUUGCACAAUGUAAUAGAACAAUCAACAAAUGGAUCUCGACUAAACAUAGUUGACUUUGAUGUAGAUCCUCUUAGGCGGCACACUUUCUGGACAAUCUCAGUGGGAGGAACUUUCACAUGGCUUGGGAUCUAUGGAGUUAAUCAAUCAACCAUCCAGCGAUGCAUCUCUUGCAAAACAGAAAAGCAUGCGAAGCUAGCCUUGUAUUUUAACUUAUUGGGUCUCUGGAUCAUUCUGGUGUGUGCUGUCUUCUCUGGUUUAAUCAUGUACUCCUACUUCAAAGACUGUGACCCUUGGACUUCUGGCAUUAUCUCAGCACCAGACCAGGUAUGUACAACAGGGCAGACUGGUCAGGUUUAUUUAGCUUGGACUGUGUUUUCGCUUUUCUCUCCCUGUAGCACCGUGGCCGCCAGUAUCAAUGCCUUAGCAACAGUGACCUUUGAGGAUUUUGUCAAGAGCUGUUUUCCCCAUCUCUCCGACAAGCUGAGCACCUGGAUCAGUAAAGGCUUAUGUCUCUUGUUUGGCAUGAUAUGUACUUCCAUGGCUGUGGCUGCAUCCCUCUUGGGGCCUGUUGUGCAGGCUGCCCUCAGCAUCCAUGGCAUGUGCGGGGGACCAAUGUUGGGCCUGUUCUCUCUGGGAAUCAUAUUCCCUUUUGUGAACUGGAAGGGUGCCCUAGGAGGCCUUCUGACUGGAAUCACCUUGUCGUUUUGGGUAGCCAUCGGGGCCUUCAUUUAUCCUGCACCAGCCUCCAAGACAUGGCCCUUGCCUUUAUCGACAGACCAGUGUGCCCCAUCAAAUGUGACAGAAUCAGUGCCUCCAGCGCUAUCCAGCAGACCUGCAAUUGCUGACACCUGGUAUUCGAUCUCCUACCUUUACUACAGUGCAAUAGGCUGCCUAGGGUGCAUGGUUGCAGGAAUAAUCAUCAGCUUCGUGACAGGUCAUCAAAGAGGCAAAGAUAUUCAACCACUUCUAAUUAGACCAGUUUGCAAUUUAUUUUGCUUUUGGUCUAAGAAAUACAAAAGACUGUGCUGGUGUGGAGUUCAGCAUGAAAGUGGGACAGAGCAGGAAAACCUUGAGAAUGGCAGUACCUGGAAACAAGGAGCUGAGUCUGCCUUACAGAAUGGACUCAGGCAAGAGAGCCUGGUCCCUGUUCCAGGCUGUGACUCCAAGGACAAGAGCUCCAACAAUAUGGUGGUGGAGAAGAUCACCCAUUUCUAAGGCCAUCUGGACACACAUGCACGCACCCCACCCCCACCCAAAACACACCCACAUACACAGAUACACACAGUCAACAUCUUGUCUGCUGGUUAAUAGACUUUGUAUAGUUGCCCCUGAUAGAAAAUAGGAAUGUCUAAUGUCUAUUUAUACUUAUUUAUAACCACAAAUAAAAUGCCUCUGCCACAGGAUAGUUCCAGAAUGUUCUUUGGAACGCCCCAAAGAUAUUUUCAGAUAAGAAAAUUAAAGCCAAGCCUGAAAUA